UUACAUGUCUGGUUCUGGAAAAUUCUGGAAAACGAAAUGAUACUUUCAUUUCUCACGACCCCACCCAUGAUGUCGUGUUUUCCAGAAUUUUCCACACCGCCUUCUUCAAAAUUCUAUUCUUUAUAUAUAUAUUUCACAAAAACCCUACCUUCUCCACAUUCAAACACUACCUUUUCUAGAAUUAACAACCUUAAUUUUUCUUCUGUUCUGCGGUCUCAACAGACAGAACACAACACUCUUCACAAAUGGCACACGCUUUGUCCUCUAAUCUGGCUCUUAACCUUCCCACAUCGAGGUAUCUUCUUCACUCCAGACCAACCCAGUUGAAGCCAGCGAGGUUCAUGGUCAUGGGAGAUGCAAGAGAAAAGCUUGACCACAUCCCAAAACCCAACAAGAACCACCAUCCUCUUCCCAAGAAGAAAGCUGCCCCUGCUGCACCCAUAGCAGGGUUGUGGGACAGGUUUCCUACGGCGAGAACAAUGCAAGAGAUGAUGGAGACGAUGGAGAGGAUGAUGGAGGACCCUUUUGCAUUUAGCACGCUUGAGUGGCCUUCAUCACCCUUACCGAGUGAGGGUGUGGGAGGGUACAGAAGAAGAGGAAGGGCACCAUGGGAAGUGAAAGAGGGAGAGAGUGAGUACAAGAUGAGGUUUGACAUGCCUGGGAUGAACAAAGAGGAUGUGAAAGUCUGGGUGGAGGAAAAGAUGCUUGUGGUUAAAGCAGAAAAGGCACCAAAGAAGAAAGAGAUGGUUCAACAGGAUCAACGGCCGAGGCAACCAGAAGAGGAAGAAGAAGAGGGAUGGUCUGCAAAGAGCUAUGGCAGGUAUAGCAGUAGGAUUGCUCUGCCCGACAAUGUCCAGUUUGAGAAUAUUAAGGCUGAGGUUAAGGAUGGUGUUCUCUACAUAGCCAUUCCCAAAGCUAAUACUAGUUACUCCAACAUCCUAGAUAUCCAAGUUCAAUGAUUCAUCUUUCUGUCUUUUAUACUAUACACAGUUUUUGCUUUCAACAACAGUUAAUUAUGUAGGUAUCUACGUAAGUUAUUUUAAUUUCUCGUAAUUUUCUUUCCUUACUGA